CACAAUUAGACAUAGAAAAGUGAGAAAAAAUGGCGGACGAAAACGAGGAUCAAUGGUUAUACGGAGAUUCGGCGGACGUGAAAGAUUUAUCACCGGCAAAUGUUUUAAUUGAGAAUCAACAAAAUGAUUCGUUAUCUAUUAAUACGCAGGAAGCAUCAGAAAUUUUGGAAGAGAAGAAAAAUGAUAACGUUUCAGAAAGAUUACCUGAGCUGUCAGAAAAUGCAGGCUCACUUACAGAAGAGAAUUCGGUAAAUAAUAUCCAAGAUGAAAAUGAUUCUGAUGCUAAUAAAAAUGAUACAAGAGAGGCUUCUAUUAAAGAAGACGGAGAAGCCGCGAGUGAUUCAGAUUCUGAUGACGAUGUCCAUGUGGUCAUCGGUGACAUCAAAUCGACACCAGCAUAUGGUAGUUUAAAUAUUAAAAGAGGCGGCCUACUUACGAAUGCAUCAGGUGUACCCGAUAAAUUGAAUAAACAAUCUGGCAAAUUUAGUAUAGACGAAUUUGAAACUAUCGGUGUUAUCAAUGGAAUGCCAGCGCAUGAAUUUAAUUUGGAUCAAUUGGAGGAUAAACCAUGGAGACAACCUGGUGCAGAUAUAACAGAUUAUUUCAAUUAUGGAUUCAACGAAGAAACUUGGCGUGCUUAUUGCGAAAGACAGAAAAAAAUGAGAAGCGAGUCUGGAGUAGGAUUGAUAUUAAAUGCUGGCGGAGGUGGAAGUAAUCCAAGCAGUAUGCGAGUACCACAAGUAGCAAUUAAUAACGAUAAUAGUAAAUAUUCUGGUAUCAUGGGACCAAAACGAGCAGGUCCACCUCCGGGAAGAAAAAUGGCUGGUACGAUAGAUGUCAUAGGAAGUUCUGGCUUAGCAUCUAGAAGGAAUCUUGACAAAUCACCGCCUAAAGGAAAUGUGAUACAAGUGAUGACAGCGGAUAGGAGAGAAUAUUCAAGGAAACCAGGUUUUCCAGAUAUGAGCGUACCACCACCAGGAGCAGGAUUACCUCCACCUUUCGAAAUGCCACCUCCUGGAUAUUCCGGAGAGCCAGCUCCAUUCUACAUGCCUGAAACUGAUCCAUAUUAUCAAAGUUAUGAACCUACUCAGGAUAGUCAAUGGGGUAAUGACCCAACUUGGCAACCAACAAAUUUAGCCAUUCCAAUGACGGAAGGAGAAGAAGACAAAGAUAUGGGCCCUAAAACGAUACCCACAAUGGUACCACCUAUAUCUAUGCCACCGUUAUUGCCACCUAGAGAUCAACGGGACAUUCGAGGGGAUCGUGAGAGAGACAGAGACCGAGAUAGGGAACGUGAAAGGGAUAUGGACUCGAUGGGUAGGGAAAGAGAAAGGGAUAAAGAAAGAGAACGUGAUCGUGAAAGAGAAAAAGAUUCCAUGAUCAGAGAUCGUGAUCGAGAAAGAGACUCUGUGGCACGAGACGAAGAAAGAGAUCGUGAUAGAUCACGAUCACAGUAUCGACAUAAAGAGAGGCAUAGGCAUCGUUCAAGGUCGCGAUCUCGUAGACACAAAUCGCGAUCACGAAGUCCGAGUAGACGUAAGAAGAAAUCAAGACGCUCCGACAGGGAACGUUCUAAAGAAGAAAGCGAAUGAGAGUAUAGAAAUGUAAACGUGCGUUUAUGUAUGCGUAUAUAUGUAUAUAUAUGCACGAGUAUGUAUGUAUAUAAAAUAUCGUUAUUACCAAUUAAAAUA